AUGGAAUGUAGGAGCUGGUUGAAAGAAAAAUACAAUCUACCCAAUGGACGCUAUUAUAGACAAGCUCGUAAUAUUUUAUUAUUUGAACAGGUUAGUGCAGCAUCAUCAGCACUUCAUUUAUUUAAUAAAAAAAUUCAAAUACCUGAACAAAAACUUAUUCAAAAUCCGCAAAAACGUUAUGAUAUCAAUCAUCAGGAAAGUGAUAUAGAGUUCGUAGAUGCGGAUUUAUCAUGGACAGAUAAUGUUAUAACGGCUGUCCGGGAUCUAUGCGAUCUUAUAGUAACAUAUUGGCUUCCAAAAGGUUUAAAUGUUGAACACCCACCAAAAACAAUUAAUUCAAUGUUAUUUAAUCAAAAACAAAAAGAACUAAUAGAAGUACCAUUAAAAUUUGCAGAUUUGGCGAAUGAUAUAAUGACCGACGCCGAAUUGGAUUUUGAUUAUAGUAGUGCAUUAAGCAGAUAUGAAGAUGUGUUUCUACCAUUAUAUUAUCAUGAAUUAUGGCACAAUUUUGUAGAUGCGAACAAUGAAAUGAGUAAUGAUCUUAGUCAACACCAACUAUCUGUUGAAUUUAAUGCAAUUGACAAAAAUCAACGCGUAUUAUUUGGUGAAUAUUUACCUGACUAUACAGAUGAUUAUAAUCCACAAAAUCGUUUAUUUUCUCCAUAUGAUGUUGUAAUACUGACAAUUGAAGGAAAACAAUAUUUUGGUAUUAUUGUUUAUGCUCGACACACACGCUUUGAAGAUAAUAAUAAUCAAAAACAACAACAACAACAACAACAAUCUUCAAAGUCAACAUGGUCAGGUAAUUAUUAUUCAUGUCAUCAUUAUUGAAUUUCUAAGGAAACUUGAUAAAUCGUAGGGUAAUCCUAAGGCAAUAGAUCACCUUGAGAUACUUCAUCAUAAUUAAUUAAUCAUAAUACUUUUUCAGAUUGGUUGAUUGAAUAGAAAAAAGUACAAAUAUAAAGCGAAUGAACACAUGCUUGUUUGUAGAGAUAAUAUUUGCAAAUACAGAUAUAUCUCUAACUGUUUCGAAUAUGAACCAUGAAUAAAAAAGCUUGUCAUGAUAAAACAGAAAAAUAUGUUAGAUGAAAGGAAUGAAAAAAAAGAAUAUCAAAUGAGAGAAUCUAUCGGCGAUGUGAGAAUUUUACGGAAUGAAUCAGCACACACAUGCAAAUCAGAUACCGCCUUGUCAGAUAAGUCCUUGUUGAUAUUGCUGUUGAUAAUAUGAAAAAACGGGCAAGAGAGGAAACACAACCUAUUUCAAAAAUAUAUUCACAAAACUUUUCCUCUCCUUUCAAGUACAGAAGAGAUAGAAAAAGAAACACAUGUAAAGAACACAAAUAUAUAACUUGAUCCAUUAUUUAGUCGUAGAAACCUUGAAAAUCCAAUACCUCGAAGAGUAUCUUUAUGUAAGGGUGGCACUUUACUACUUACAAGGCGUUACUUUACCAGGUAAAGUAACGAAGUUAGUUACUUAGUUAUUAGUAACGACAUGAGUUACUCGUACUAGUAAUGAAGUGAUUAAGUUCGUUACUAGUUACAAGUAAGGUAACAAUAAAGUAUCAUCCUAUCUUUAUGCUCUUGUUUUCGCUUUUCAGCUCUCACCCUCACACUCACAAACAGCGAGACUCACUGUUUGUCCAAUAUAACUGUUUAUACACCCACAACAGUUAUAUUUAUCACCGUACACAAGAGGUACGGACAAUUAUAUUAAAACUGAUUAAGUGUAAACUAAUAUGGGAAGAAUUGAGAGAGAAGUGUUGAUGGGACGAACUGAGAGUGAACCAAGGUUUCUGACGGAGUUCUUCUCCAGAAGCUUCAUUCUUGACGAUAAAGGUCUAUUACUGAUUUUCAUGUGAUAGGACAAGUCUGCUAACGGCCUGUAAAACAGCAUAAAAAUUUGUUUGAAAAAAACAUUCCGUUUCAUUUUUUUUCGACCUUCUUCUCACAAAUAUUGUGUUCAGACAUGAGGACAUAAUUUUUCAUAGAGAAAAUAAACAUGACGCCAUCAAUUCAGCUCACAAGUUUAACGUUUUCUUGAAACAUAUACUUUGCAGAGGAGAGUUAUGUCUUCAAAAUGAGACAUACAACUCCGUACGCUUUCCCAUCGCAGGGAAACGUUCAACGGACAAAUGUUAGGACAAGUUGUAAUAUGGAAUAAUUAUGGUACGAAAUGACAGGUCAGACGAUCACUUGGAGACGAUGAUCAUUUUUGUAAGAACAACCCAAGCGUCAAAAAAAAUCUAGUAUCGCCCAAUUCAGCUAGAUUACUAGAUUUUUACUCGAUUGCAACUACUGUGUAACGACAAUGGAAAUCGAGUAAUCGGGCGAUUACUAGGUUUUUUCUAGGUGCAACUAUCGAUUUAUCGCCCGAUAAUCGAUCGAUUUAAGUAUUACUAGAUGCACCUGCAGACGCAUCUAGUUAAAAGUCCCUUUUCCAACUAGUAAUCUAGAUGGCAACUAGUCGUAGAUCGCCC